AUUGAAAUGUUCGGAUGCUUGCAUAUAUCUAUGCGCUCUUCCAUGAUUUGAACAGAACAUUUUUUAGUUGGGCGUAUACUUAGACCAUCUCUCUAAGCAUACUGGUAAAGGGCUGUGGCUUGUUGCAUUGAUGAUGCAUACUCAUUCAGUCAAGUUUCGGCUACAUCUUAUACAACCUGUGCUUUAAGCAUUGUGGAGGAGUGCAAACACAGAUGUAUUUAGAAUUAGGAAGUGGAUUUAAAUGGCAAGUCCAUCCUAGUGUAGUUUAUAACCUACAACAGAUAACAAGGAUGUGAUUUAGGCUACUAUUUAGAGCAGAUUAGAGCCUGGAAGCUUUGAGCUGAGCCUGAAUGGGAGGGACCCAAUCAACGGAUCCCCAGAUGAUCUUCUAGAGACCUUUGGCAUCGUGUCAGGUGACCUGAUCAAAGUACUUGUCCCAAGCGAACUAGACCCAACAUCCAACCAGAAUGGGGCGAUGUCUAGCAACGGUACAGGAGCCAAUCCAAGAGGGACACCACGCCCAUAUGCCUGCAUCAAUGGGAGCCUUGUCACUACCGGUGAAUGCACCCCAUCAGAGAGGAGACCGGAGCCUAGGGGUGCGGUAUCUGAAGAGGAGAAUGGUAACCAUGCCAAUCCAGAGGAUGAGAUGAGUACAGAGGAAAAAGAAGCCAGGGAACAACUAGCUAAACUUGAAAGUGAAGCAGAAAUGGGAGAAAAGAUCUCGGAACCCAUGCUCUGUAGAGAUGCAGAAGGUGACAAGAUUCCCUUGCGUUUGAAGGAGCUAUGUGAGGAGAUCCAACCAGAGAACUCUGGUGAUGCCUUGUGCCUAGUGCUUCAUGUGCUCAUGGUUGAAACUGGCUUUGCUGCCCAGCAAGCCACAGGUUCUUCCAGCACAGAUAAACCAUCAUCUACACUCAUGGAAGGCACAGAGACAAGUGUGGAAGAGAACAAAGUCCUUGACCCAGACCCAUUAUCCACCUUGCCCCAUGGUUGGAAGACAGGGACAUCAUAUAAGCUGCCAUAUCAACAUGCAGAGUGUAGAGGGGCGGAGUGUACAUUAGCUGGUGUUUCAAUGGGAAAAGCGCUUCUAAUUCAUGGUCUAAUUGGGAAAAACAUUCAUGCUACUAUGCAGCUAAAACCAGCCAUGUAUGCUUCGCUUUUGGAUGGUAUGUCUCAAGUUUCCUUUACCAGUCUUGCCUAUUUGUCCAGGAACUUCAAAGACACCAUAGCUUACCCUAUGCUGGCUGCUAUGAGAGCAGAACUUGGUCUUCCUCCUUUGCAUGGCCUUCCAGCUCUCUUUCCAGAAAUACAACUGAAGAUCUUAAGUUUUCUGGAUCUCCCUGAGCUGGUCACAAUGUCAACCUCGUGUCAACAUUUCCAUAGUCUAAUCAGUGACCCUUCCCUCUGGAGGCAGCUCCUGCUAAGAGACUUUGGAGGCAAAGGCACAGACAGGCACUGCAAUUGGAAAAAUGUGUACAAAGAGAGAUAUCGCUUGAAGAAGGUGAGGGAACAGCUCAGAAAUCGCAUCCAGAAUUCUUUCUACCCCCCUGGUCGACGCCCCUUUGCCUUUGUACCUCCAGUACCACUCCCUCUACCAGGCAUCUAUCCCCCUGGCUACAGAGGAGGUGACUAUGACAUCGACCCAUUUCGUUCAGGUGGUGCUCUUCCAGGUUAUCCACCCUCAGUCUUCCAGCCUAUCCCAGGCCCUCGUCACGACCCCAUCUUCCCCAACCCAGAUGCAAACCUCAGACCUGGUCACGGUGGAGGACUCGUAGACCUUGAGACGGGGAGACCACACCCUUACGCCCCUCAGCCACCUCGGGGAUUCCCCGGGAUGCCCGGGAGGAGGACUGAUGGUCGAUUCCCCGGUGGUGCAGGUGGGAUGAGAACCUUCUUCAGGUGAUGAGGAGCAGGCAUCUCCAUGGCAACGUUGAGAUGGAAGCAUCAUUACAAGGUGGUGGAAGGCAUGAGCUAUCGUGACACGCCUUCAAGAAGCAUCGAUCAUGGGUAAAUUGAUGUAAAGAUCAAUAGAAGCGUGUUAUCAACUCAAUGUAGUUUCUGGAGGUGAUGAUAACUAUAAAUUGAUUAUCGUCUAUGUUCUGAAGUGAAUUAUGAAGGCGGGAGAGUAUUACAGUAAUCAUUUCAUGCUUUAUCUGACAUGUUGCUUCUGUUUUGAACAUGAUAUUGAGAUAGAAUAUAUGUGGAUUUAUAUGCUUGACAUACCAUUCGUCCAGUGAAUGAGUGUCAGAAUUCAAACCAUAAACUACAGGGUUUUGAUUGGAGCAAUUGUUGCAGGAGUGAAUGUUGGAUUACCUGAAUAUCAAUGGAUAAAUUAAUUCUUUAUAAAAGAAUAGGUCUUGGGUAGAAGUGCACUGUGUCAAAAGAUUGUGCAUAAAUGAGACCUCAUUUCUUACUAAAUAAUUUUCAAGGCUAAAAUUCUUUUCAACAGCCUCCAUGAAUUUAUGAUGCACAUGUUCUUGUCAUUUAUACAAAAAAAUACUCUAAAAACACUUUACUGUACCUUCGCUCCACAGUAUCCCGCCUUUCCGAAAAGGUCGAGGUUCCUUCUUUUUACAAAUUCAACAAUUUGGAGCUGCUCCUUCCUGUAAUUCAGCUGCCUUUUUCUUGGUUGUUUCUUGACAAAAGAAUAUGAACAAAAAGAUGUGUAGAUCUAUAUCAACUAAGUUUUAAAAAUCAAACAAAACACAAAAGUUUACAUUAUUUAAUACAAACUGAUUAUUUUUUUAUCAUAGAGGAUUUAUAAAUUCUUUUCUUGUUCUAACAUCAUAUUAAUUCCAACAUGAUAUACCAUUUACUCAAAAAGGCUCGGUUGUUUAUUCAUCUUUAUUCAAGAAAGUACAUAUAACAUAGUAAUAAAGUUGUUACAUAAAACCCUGUUACGAGAUUUGAAUUACAUUGGAUGCAUCUCAUGCAGGGUUAAACAACUACAAUACACAAUAACAAAACAGAAAAGAGAACAUCAUAAAGUCAAUAAUUCAAUAACAAAAAAA